AUGGCCCCGGUCGGCGCUGGUCUCUGGCGAACAUUGCGUGCGCACCAGGUUUAUGGCGCCAAUACAGACGUGGGAAAGACAAUUGUCUCUACGGUACUGUGCAAUGCGGUUCAGCGUCAGAAGCAAAGGGCAGCCUUCUUAAAGCCGGUUUCUACGGGAGCUCUGGAUGAUGCGGAUGACCGACACCUAAAGAGGUAUGGGGCAGGAACUUUGACCAAAUGUCUCUAUCAAUUUGAUGAGCCGGUGAGCCCACAUAUAGCCGCCAAACAGAAAACAAUCCCACGAGAUGAUGAUUUGCUUGCAUCCAUUCAUAACACUCUCACUGAGUGGGCUCGCAAAGACAUCGACUUUGCUUUAGUGGAGACAGCUGGUGGUGUUCAUUCCCCAGGUCCGAAUGGAAACUCGCAAGCGGAUCUUUAUCGGCCCUUGCGAUUGCCCAUCGUUCUCGUGGCAGAUUCGCGGCUCGGUGGCAUCUCGUCUUCGAUCUCGGCAUAUGAAUCGCUUUUGGUUCGCGGAUACGAUGUGCAGUCCGUGUUGUUGUUCCGGGAUGAUUACUAUCAGAAUCACGAUUAUCUCGGCAACUUCUUCCGCAAAAAAAGUAUCCCCUUGGUGUCUCUGCCAGCACCACCAGCCAAGCCAGCCCAAGUCGAUGCUGACUCGCUGGCACGCGAUGAAGAAGCAAUGUUAUCUUACUAUGAGCAAGCUUCAAAGGAGUCAAGUAUUGCUCAACUUUUGGAAGGGAUGCAUACCAAGAAUGCCGAAAGAAUUGAACGACUGGCUGAAAUGUCCAGUCGGGCUCAAGACCUGAUCUGGUACCCGUUCACGCAGCAUCAUGGCAUGCAACCCAAAGAUAUCACCGUGAUUGACUCUGCACACGAUGACUACUUCCAGACUUACGGCACGAGUCAGGCAGAGACUUCCGUAAAUGAACUACGCCCUACGUUUGAUGGCUCGGCUUCAUGGUGGACGCAAGGUCUGGGUCACGGCAACCCCAACUUGUCGCUCUCCGCCGCAUAUGCCGCUGGUCGGUAUGGCCACGUUAUGUUUGCUGGUGCAGUGCAUGAGCCAGCACUAACACUCGCGGAUACUCUUUUGAAAACUCUCGACAACCCGCGUUUUGCCAAAGUAUUCUAUACAGAUAAUGGCAGCACAGGUAUGGAAGUAGCCCUGAAAAUGGGUCUUCGCGUCGCCUGUGAGCGCUAUGGUUGGGAUGCUUCAAAGGAACAGAUCAGCAUUCUCGGUCUGAAGGGAAGCUACCAUGGAGAUACAAUCGGUGUAAUGGACUGUUCCGAUCCUUCAGUCUACAAUCAAAAAGUCGAAUGGUACCGUGGCCGCGGCCAUUGGUUUGACUUUCCUCUGGUCAAGAUGGUCGAUGGCAAAUGGAAGGUUGAAGUCCCGGAUGAGAUGCGCAAGAACCUGGGCACAGAUGUUGAAUUUGAAUCCCUUGACGCGGUCUUUAAUCUUGACGCCCGUCUUGAUUCCGAUAAAGGUCGGCGUUACAAAGAUUAUAUUCGGCAGACAAUUGAGGGCCUUGUUCGAGAACGGGGGAUGAAGUUUGGUGCCCUGAUCCUUGAACCUGUCAUUCUAGGUGCCGGGGGCAUGUUGUUCUGUGACCCACUUUUCCAGAGAUGUCUGACGGACGUUGUUCGAGAUCAUCCGGAAAUUUUCGCAACGGAAAGCACGCAUCACAAGAAAGCAGAAUCCUGGUCAGGCCUACCCGUCAUUUUUGAUGAGGUUUUCACCGGACUGUACCGUCUUGGUCGUCCAACGUCGGCGUCUUUCCUGGGUGUUCACCCUGACAUUGCCGUGAACGCAAAGCUUCUUACUGGUGGUUUGAUACCUCUCUGCACCACGGUCGCAAGCCAAGAAAUCUUCGAAACAUUCCUGAGUCCCGAGAAGAGCGAUGCUCUUCUUCAUGGUCACAGCUACACAGCUCACCCGGUUGGAUGCACCGUCGCCAUUGAGUCCAUAAAGACUAUGAAUGCCAUGGACAACAACGGUUCUUUUGACCAAUUCAAGACGAACUGGGCCCAAAGGGUAGACUCUCAUGCGGAGAAGUUGGCUCCGCAUGUAUGGAGUGUGUGGUCGCAAGAUCUAAUUCAAGAUCUUUCUCGCGCUCAAUCCGUUGAAAGUGUCUUUGCGAUUGGAACAGUUCUCAGCAUCUCCUUACGAGAUGCUCAGGGUGGUGGUUACACUUCUAAUGCCGCCAAAGGCCUGCAGCAACAGCUUGCCGUUGGUGGACACAAAUUCAAUGUUCACUCCCGAGUACUUGGUAAUGUGUUGUACUUGAUGUCGAGUGUGACAUCGAAGCCCGAGUCCCUGCAGGAACUGGAAAAAUUGUUGCGCACUGCCCUUGUUUAA